AUUUGUUAAAACGUAUCAGGUGUACUCCAGUAUUGACGAUGCCAUAAAGCAUGGGCUUUGUUAUCAUCACAAAGAGGCAGGCUCAAGGCCCACCUCCAUCCUGCAGCAACGGCAAAAACUUGAGCAAGUAAUACAACCUCUCUAAGCUCCAGUUUCCUCAUUUGUGAAAUGGGGAUAAUGAUAAAACUUGUAAGUUGGCAUCACUAAAUGGUGACCUGGGGAAGCUUUGCUCCUCAUCUUCCAUAGCUGCCAUCAGCAUCCUCCAAAGCCACCUUGAAUAAAUAAGAAAUCUAAAUAAAAACAGCAUGUUACUGAGCACUUGCACUUCCCUCUUCCAAUUAGAUUGCAGCGCUAAAGCUCCUCCUAUAUAGAAAUCUUUGAGCUACCACUCUGCCUCAUAGUCUGUGGAAAUUAAAUGAGGCAAUGCAUGCAACAUUCUUUGUCAUGUAAAUGCUCAUUAAAUGUAAGCCAUUAUUAAGGUGUUAGGUGGUAAGUACCAGGAGGUUAGAGCGACCAACUCAUCCCAAGAACUCCUCUUGUUUGUCCCAAGCAAGCCUACAUAAGGAUGUUAAAGGAUGUUAUGUAAAUGACGUAAGAAUUAAGAGGAUGAAAGGGUCACAUAUGAUUUUUUUUUUAACAGAAAGGGAUGGUUUUGUGGAAGAUAUAAGAUGUAAUCUGGUCUCUGAAGGAUGGAUAAGAUAUGGCAAGUCCAAGUAAAGACUGACAUAAACAAAGGUGUGUAGAUGAGAAAGUGUAAGUAAGACAUGUUCACAUAAUUGGUAAGUGUCCCCAUCCAGAUGAAACAUGGGAUCUUUGCUGGGGUGUGGUAGGAAUGAAGGUUAGGAGGGAAGAUUGGGACUACAGUCCAGCAUUCUUAUAGGACAGGCUGAAGAAGUUGUACUUGGUAUUCUGCAGUCAAUGAGGAACUACCGACUCACUGUAAGCUGGUGAGAUGAUCACCAGUGCCUCAAAGAGAUUGCUCAGGUAAUGGUAUGGGGAGUGUGGGGUGAGUUAGAGAAGGGAAAGAUGGCCCCAGGAGACCAGUAUGGAAGGAGGUGAUGCAGUUGUUUAGAGGAGAGAGGAUGAGGCAGUGGCCAUGAGGUUUGCAAGAAGGAUGUCACUGGGGAACCCCCAGGAAGACAUUCUCCAGCAAGGCUUGGUGGACUGUGGUGGUAGGAACAAGGGGAGAGAUGGAACCAAAAAUUUCACGGCCACUCCAGCCACAGAGAAAAGGAGAAGUAAGGAAGAGGGGCUUGGAGGUAGAGGGAGACCUUGAAUUUAACAGGAGUUGUGAACAAGAAUUGAUGAGGUGGCCAGAAAUCCAGGAGACACUCAGCAGACACAGAAACAGUCCUGACCUCAGGAUGGAAUCCCUAUCUAGAACUGUGAACUUGAGAGCAGCCACAGAGAAGUGCGAGCUGAAGCUGGGGCAGAGGAGAUGGAGAAAAACUGAACCCCAGCAACACACUGAAGACAAUGAUUUUAAGUGUCUAAAAAGACUUCGUGUGGCAGAACUGCCUUCAUCAUAUCACACUACUGCUCAGAAAUUACCUAUGGCACCUUAUUCCCUUUUUAAAAAUUUUUUUAUUGUGAUAACAGGUACGAAAUAUAAAACUUCUCAUCUUUACAAAGUUCAAGUACACAGCUCAGAGAUUUGACCCAGACCUAGAGGCAUUCUUUCUGAGAAAGAACAGCAUGUUUAGCUAUCAUCUGUAUGUACGUCUUGGACAGAAUUAGGCACAUUUUGAUGAAGCAGGAAGUCAGCCUUGGGCAGAGGACUUGAGGUCAUCAGAAGUAGCCCUUCCCCACUGCACUCGUGUGAUUGUUGUGUGCCCAGUUUCUUCAUCUCAGCACCCAGUUGUGCCAUCUUGCCCACUUCCCUGAAGGCAGAUGCCCCAGAGGCAGCUCUUCCAUGCGGAGCCCAACAGAACCCACCUGGAAGGAUUUCAUCCUGAAGCCAGCGUCUCUCUCCCUGGCACUGAAACAGAGAGAAUGUCACUUCACAACUGUCAGUAGUCACAUCCCUUGCCAAGAAGGAGCCUUGGAGUGUGAGGUCUAUACACAGACACCAAGAUGAGAUGGCAAACCAGAGAGAUUCCUAAUGCUGCAUGUGAGUUCCUGAAUAUUUUCAGGGCAGUUUCAGCCCUCCCCACUUACAUAAAUAAUGAAUUUUUUUUUUGUUUUGCUUUGUUUUGUUUGUUUUACCCAAACUUGGUUGACUUGGGUUUCUGCCUCUGGCAACUGAAAAGAGACCUAAAGUAAAAUCUCAUAGACUUCACCAGAACCAAUUCUUGAUGCAUUAGUAGAUUCUGCAUAGCCAGAAAAGAGAAACAGAAACAUUUCCAAGCUGGGUGGAGGAAAACUUUUUAGCCUUGUUCAUCCAGGUGAAGACAAUCUCUAUUUUUAAAAAAGCUCACAUCAGAGUAAGUUCAGGUUCUCUUCUAACUGAGAAAGCUAAGAUUCGGCACCUCUGCUGGUUUCCAUGACAACCAUCAGCAGCUGUGACAGGGCCAAGACAAGAAUAAGAGGAAUUGGUGAUUUUACCUUUAU